CACACCACAAUACGAGCAUAAACACAAUAGAGAGAGUGUUCAUAGAGCUCCGGUUUUCACCAAAAAACGCCGAGCAUACGAGAGGAGUUGUUUUAUCAUGGAGACGACCGGUUGAUAGUUGUCGUGCGCAUCGAGGGAAGUGCCGCAAACGUCUUAAAGAAAGCGACCUAGUCCGCGACUCAGCUCUAGAUUCGGUAACCCCGUUCCUUGUUUUUGUUCCGUUCCUAACAAUUUUAAGACGUUCGGCUGCUGCUAUGUCGACUGAACAAAACAACAUGGCUGGAUCUGGCGUUGUCGAUAUCAAUCAACCUUUCCGCUUCGUUUGAGUCAACUUCCGUCGAUGGAGACAAAAGAUGGAGGUAUACCUGACGACCAAGAAGUUGGCACACUGCUCACCAGCAUGCCCGUUGAGCUGUUGGAAGAAGUGAUCGAUGAGGAGAUGGCUGCUUCUGCUAAGGAGAGGGAUCAUGACUUCCUGUGCAAGGGCUACAUCCUCAACGGCCUAGUGGAUGACCUCUACGACUAUUAUGCGAACAAAAAGAAUACCACAAUGAUGGUCUGAGAUGCGUUCCAAAAGAAGUACGACACAAAGGAGGCUGGAGAUAAGAAGUAUGCUGUCAGCCGCUACCUGCGCUACCAGAUGAUGGAUGACAAGUCCGUCGAAGUUCAAUCCCACGAACUUCAUAAAAUAGCUCAUGAGAU